AUGGAACCCACGCGAGAGGAGCGGCAGCAAAUGCGGCAGCGUGGAGCUGGGACGCGCAAAGCAAAAGAAGUCAAUUUCGGAUUUUCAUUCGGUGGCCUUGCGCCAGAACCAUCAGCGCCAGCGCCGCUUGCUAUUGUCCCUGAACCUCAACCACAAACACAACCUGCGACCACACCACGACCGACCAAGGCGUCAACCCAAGGCGAGGAGGAGACUGCGCGUACUCCAGGAAGCGCGCGUAACAAAUUCCCCGAGAGGCCUUCGACAUAUGACAUACCCUCAGACGAUAGGCCUGAACAAACGCGAAGCAGCAAACGGAGGAAGAUCAAUCCAAUCGAAGGAACUCAGGAUACUCCAACUCGGCGAAACACGGCGCGACCCGCGAAUGACGACUCCCAACAUGCUGAUCACAGCGCAGGUAGCACAGAGGGGCAACCCAGCCAUGCACCCCCGAUACCCGACGCCACUAUCGAAGGUCAGCGUCCAGGAACUGAGACCUCGAGCGCUAAUGGCGUGGAUCGAGUGACCCCAGCCGACAAAGAGCGGGUUGCUCAAAAUGGCACACCAGCAAAUGGCGUCGCAGAGCCUACACUGGCUGAAAGCACGCAAGAGCCAACUGCAGUACCCAAAGCACCCUCAUCUGAGGCUCAAUCUGGGGCCAAGCAGCCAGAAAAGAUGAAGCCACUACGUGAAGAACGACACAAGAUCCAGUCACCCAUAAUGCCUGCAAAACAGGCUCAAAGAGACAACAGCAGGAAACGAGGUGCCAUAGUACCUGCUUCGCCGGCGGCCCAUCUGGCAGAGAGACCUACAACAGCUCUACAAAGCAACGUAUCAACAGAGAUUGCUAGACCUAAUGAUGUUUCGGUUGAUGAUAGUGCUGAGGCGGCUGUAAGCGCCCCAGAAACCACGGAAAUUGCACCAGAACAAGACAACCAAGCAUCUACAGAUCCUACCCAGAAGACAAGGAAAGCGCGAGGUCGCCCGCGCAAGUCAACUGUGUCUCAAUCCCCAGAAAGUGCGGCAAAUGCGGCACAAGACCCUGUACCUGAAACACGGCCUGAACCCACGGCAGAACAAGUUGAGACAUCUGCACCAACCAAACGGCCUCGCGGAAGACCGUCUCUCAAUGGCAAGACAAAGGCUGCUGAAUCUGGGAGAGUUUCAAAUGAGCCUCCGGCAGCACAAGCUGAGACAUCUUCACAGCCCAAGCGGCCUCGUGGCAGACCAUCUCUCAAUGGGAAGAACAGAGCCGCUGGGGCUGUCAGGGCUUCGCCUGAGCCCGUACCAGACGCUGCGGAGGUGGAAGCUGCAGUUUCUAAGCCACAACGUGGCAGACCUAGCAAGAAAGGGAAACGCCCAGCGGAGCCUGGGUCUGAACCCCAACCCACUACAGAAGGCCAACCAAGCCCUGAGGCUGUAUCGACUGCAUCCAAACCACGCGGAAGGCCUACAAAGAAGGCGAAGCGUCCCGGUGAGCGUGAGACAGAACCCGAUGCAGAAGCUGAUGCAGAAGAGCAAGAGCAACCAGCAGCUGAGCCUACAGAGCAAACUCGCCGAAAGGCUCGUGAGCCUCGAGGGGAGAGCUUCCCUGUCACUGUUCAUCGUCUCGCCAACGCCGUUGCUCUGGGUGGCAGGGUCUCUGCUGCCGAUCCUGGAGACGAACAAGACUCCGCCGACGAGCUAUCAUCACGCCAGCGGACCAAGGUGCCCAACCGCGGCGGUGUCAAUCCUGCAGACGUAUUGGGCCAGAUCUGCCGCGAAACUCUAGAGAAGACCCUCACAACACUCAAUGAUGGGAUUGCCAAUGAGGAGAAUGCUACACGGCGAGCAGAGUGGACACGCAAAAGAAAAGCCGUCGAGGCCUUUGGCUCUGAACUUGAGAGUCGUCUUAUGGAUCUAAGCGAGAUGCUGGACAGUAACUUUGUCCUCGGUGUGCAGUUGAAGAAAGCCAAGAAGGAAAUGAUGGAACUACGCAGCCAUCUAUACCGGGUCAAAAAGGAACGAGAAAUGGUGGCUUUACAGAUGGACGCAGUGCGCGGCAAACACAUUGAAGAGGAGAAGGCCAAAUCGUCACGAACCACCAUCAACAACUCCCUUCACAGCCUCGAACUCGCCCUCGAGCGCAAUCAGAACCGCACCGUAGCUGUUGAAUCCACCUCUGCAGAUCUCGAAUUCAUGCUCCGCACCGUCGCCGAUGUGAGUUCUCGAGCCCCGGGAGCCCAAGGUGGACUCCUGAACCAAAUACGGGCGUUUAAUGCACAGCUUGAAGCUACUGCCAGCCGCCUGGAGCGAUGA